UGAAGUGAAAGGUACAUCUGUUGAAAUUCUUGAUCUGACCGACUCACAGAAAUCUAUUGACAUUCUUAAUGCAAAAGGACUCAGUUGGCGUUCUUGAUGCAAAAGACUCAGAAGCUGUUGAAAUACUUGAUCUGAAAGACUCGCAAGAAUUUGCUGACGUUCUUGAUGUGGAAGAUCUGCACGAAUCUGCUGACAUUCUUGAAGUGAAAGGUACAGCUGUUGAAAUUCUUGAUCUGACCGACUCACAGAAAUCUAUUGACAUUCUUAAUGCAAAAGACUCAGAAGCUGUUGAAAUUCUUGAUCUGACAGACUCACAGGAAUCUGUUGACAUUCUUGAUGUGAAAGACUCACAUGAAUCUCUUUACAUUCCUGAAGUGAAAAGCUCAGGAGCUGUUGAAAUUCCGACCUUAAAGAUUCCCAGGAACUAAUGACCUUUUUUAUCAAAAGGAUUCACAGGAAGCUGCUGAAGUGUUUGACCUGAAAGAUUCAGAUGUUCAUAUUCUUGAUCUUAAAGAUUCCAAGGAAUCUGUUGGCAUUCUUGAUGUGAAAAUUUACAGGAAGCUGUUCAGG